AUGGUUGUUAAUUACAUUGCGGCGACGCCUGAAUACGCGACAGCUAAGAUAGCGGUGUGGUGGGACUUGAAGGGCUGUCCGAUUCCCGAGGGUUAUGAUGCUCGUCGGGUCCGUCCGAGUAUGGAAGCGGCGUUCAAGCAACGAGGCUACUCUGGUCCUGUCUCCAUCACUGCCUAUGGCGACCACAAACAAACCCCUGAUCACCUCCUGCGAGGGCUCUCUUCCACUGGAGUCGCCCUUGCACACACCAUUCCCGAAGCCCAUUGCAAUAUUAUGCGUUUAGAUUGGAUGGACUGGCAAGAUUGUAAUCCUCCUCCGGCUACAAUGAUGCUCAUAUUCGAUGGUGUGGAUAAUGUCUUCUCACCUAAUCUUGUCCUUGAACAACAGAUGACGAAUUACAACCUUUUUGUGGCCUAUUCAUAUAGGCCUUGCAAAAUGUCAGCCCUGGUCACUUCUGCGGAGUGGCUCUGGGAAAGCUUACUUGCAGGUAAGCGUACUCAAAGAUUUCCCAAAGAGGAAACGUUCGAGGAAAGCGUACCGGACGGGUUUUGGUCAUCUUCAUAA